AUGUCUGCUUCUCUAGAGCCUGUUCCGUACAAGUCAUCUCCGUCGCCCACAAAUGGGACUUCUAAUGACGGAAAGGUCCAAAUCUCGAUCGAAGACACCAUCAAGCUGUGUCACAGCGUGCUGGAGAAAGCUGGAUACAGCAGCCAGCAAGCAUGGACCAUCACAGACCAUCUCGUGGACGCUGAAAUGCGAGGUCAUCCAUUUGCAGGCCUUGCGAGAGUCCUGAGUAUCGUCGAACAGCUACAAGUCACAGGCUCACCCAAAGUGCAACCAAUUGAGGUGACGCGAUCUGGGUUGACCUUUGCCCAUCUUGACGGGCACGGUGCUGUGGGCAAUCUUGUUGCCUAUGAAGCGACCAGAUUAGCUGUUGAGAAGGCAAAGGCUGCUGGGGUGGCGGUCGUUGGGGCGAAUGGCUUCUGGUACUCUGGCAAUCUAGCAUACUACGCUGAGAUGGCUACCAGGGAGGACUUGAUCGUCUUCAUUGCGUCCAAUGGUUCGCGAAUCGUGGCACCUCACGGCGGCUACGAACCCAAAGUCUGUACGAACCCAUUUUGCAUUGGGUUCCCCACAGAUGACCCUGAUCAACCAAUCAUCUGGGAUAUCGGAACGAGCAACAUCAUGUAUGCUCAGGUUGUACUUGCCAGCAGGCUCGGAACGAGCCUUCCAGAUGGAUCAGCGUACGACAGUGAAGGAAACAUAACGACAGAUCCUUUGAAGGCGUUGCAGGGCGCUCUGACAUCAUGGGGAGGGCAUAAAGGCAGCGGUUUGGCGAUCAUGGUCCAGCUUCUCGGUAUUGUCGCCGGCAGUGCUGAGCCUACCCCAUUGCUCUCUGAUUUUGGCUACCUGGUGCUAGCGUUUGAUCCUAGCAUUAUUCAGCCUCUAGAUCAUAUCAAGGGGUAUGCAAACGACUUAUCACGGUCAAUCAGGGAAACCAAGAUGCUUCCGGACCAAGGGCAGGCUAGAAUGCCUCAUGAACGCAGCAGUCACAAUCGAAGGAGAGCAAAGGAACAAGGAUUUUUGACGAUCAAUGAAGUAGUCGUUCAAGAGCUGUACAAGUACAACAAAGCUCAACUAACUACCUAG